ACACAAUACGUGUAAAUAUCAAAGUUGAUAUUUUUUUUGGGGGAUCCAGUUGCAUGAAAGCGCGUGUAAUUCCUUGUAAGACUUCCAAAGCAUGUAAAAGAAAAAGGCGAAAAACAGUAGAUUGUGAUGUAAGCAAUCACACUGGAAGCCCAUUUUUCCUUCUUUUCUUAUAUAUAAAUCCUCUCACCCCAGUCCACCUCUCCCUCAAUCCCAAUUCCCCCCAUUUCCCUCGACUUCUCUUUCUCUUCCUCUUCCUCUUCCUCCGCCUCUUCUCCGGCGAUGCAAGGUGUGCGGCGCUUCCGGACGUUAACGGAGGGCGGCGUCCGCCUGGAGCUCACUCCCACCACCACCUCCCCGCUGGCCAUCGACGUCACUGAAUCAACCGAGAUGAGGAUCCAGCGCCUCAUCUCCGAGAACCCAGUCAUCAUCUUCAGCCGUCCCUCCUGCUGCAUGUGCCACGUCAUGAAGCGCCUGCUCUCCACCAUCGGCGUGCACCCCACCGUCAUCGAAUUGGACGACGAGGAGAUCGGAGCCCUCGCCGCCCACUCCGCCGACUCCACCUCCACCGCCCCCGUCGCCCCCGCCGUCUUCAUCGGCGGCACACGUGUCGGAGGCCUGGAGAGCCUCGUGGCCCUCCACCUCAGCGGCCACCUCGUCCCUCGCCUCGUCGAAGUUGGUGCUCUCUGGGUAUGAUAAUAGCUGUAAUUUUGUUCCUGAUUUGGGGUUAUUAUUGUAUUUGAACAAAAGACUAGGAAAA